GGCUUCAAUCGCUCCUUGCGCUGUUGUUAAAUUGUGCUAAACAAACAAACGAACUUGAAGCUUGUCUGCUUUUGGAAGUGACUUCAAGUUGCUGUUUUUUUAUUUUUUUGAAUGACUUUAGGGUGGUCUAUUGUUGGGUCUGGGGGGUCCAAAGGUGACUGUGUCAACUGUUCCUUUGUUCUGUGUGUGUGUGUGUUUUGUGAGCAAGUUGAUAGUUGACCGUUUAGUUACGUCAUGCAACAACAUGUGAAAGCUGCCAAAGGUCUCGAGACAGGCGUCAAGACAACAACCAAUUGGACAAGCUCUGACUCCCAAAGGAGGAAGUCCCAAGGUAAGGUGGCGAGAGUGCAACUCUGCACGUUGGCUCAACUAGUCAUCAACUAUUUGGACUGCACUCAAUAUCAAAGAGGUACAAGACAGGAAAAACAGCCAUGUUAGGAGGAGGCGUCAACUUGGGCCGGCGCCGCAGCUUGCGCGGGCUCUCGCUGUUUAUCGGGCGGGGGCCUCCAUCUCUGCCUGCCUGCAGACGCCAUCACCCGGCAGGCGGAAGGAGGAGCAGCAAAUACAGGGCGGCACCGGAAGUCCACGGGGAACACAUGAGCGCACCUGACAUCAACAACAUCCUCAAGGCCAACGAGUACAGCCAAGUCCUGCCGCGAAGCCCCGCCUCCCAUGGCGCACUGUCCUUCCAUAGCAACACGCUGGCGUCCAACCAGCCAGGCGAGGACUGCCGCAGCAGCGCCACCUGCCUGUGGGAGGGCGGCGGCGUCCUGUUCGGCGUCUUUGACGGUCACGGCGGCCCGGCGUGCGCGCGCGCCGUCAGCCGCCGUCUGUUCUACUACAUCGCUGUGGCCACGCUGCCCUUGGCCACGCUUGCCGAGUUGGAGCGGGCAGUGGACGAGGGCCGCGCCGUGCCCCCCUUGCUCGAGUGGCUCAAACACCCCCGGGACCACCGGGGGCCCAACGGGGGCCGCGUCGCCUUCCAAAGUCUGCGCAACUACUGGCAGGAGAGGCUGGACGGUAACGGUGACGACGGCGAUGACGACCAGCAGGUGAACGCAGCAGAGACGCUGGAACUUUUCCAUUUCACGACUGCAAAGGUUAACAAAGAGACGACAGCAGGCUACGUUGUGCGCUGGAAAACGCUUUUCGUCGCCUUGACUACGACCUGUCCGUGGAAGCUCAGAGGCCGGUCUCCAGCCGAGGAAUCGAACGGGCCCUCCCCCCUGCGGGUGGCGCUAUCCGGCUGCACAGCGUGCGUGGCACACGUGCAGGACGGCAUCCUGCAUGUUGCCAACCUCGGGGACAGCCGGGCCGUCCUGGGCGUGCAGGAAGCGGAUGGCCGCUGGACGGCCGUCGGUCUGACCAACGAUCACACCGCCGACAACCCAGAUGAGCUGCAAAGGGUCCUGGGAGCUCACCCGCCGUCCGAGCGCCGAACGGCAGUGCGGCAUCACCGCCUGCUGGGCUUGCUGUUGCCGUUCCGGGCCUUUGGGGACGUCCGCUUCAAGUGGCGUCCAGAGACCUUAGCUCGACUGUACGAGACGCGGCCCGACCUCCGCGAGGGGGCCCGCGCCCUACCACCGCCACCCCACUACUUGACCCCGCCUUACCUGAGCGCCGAGCCGGAGGUCACACGACGCCGUAUCUUGCCGUCUGACAAGUUUGUGGUUCUGGCAAGCGAUGGACUUUGGGAGCUGAUGCACCGACACACCGCCAUACAGAGGCUGGCGGAACACCUCAAAGACCUCCGGGAGCAGAAGCCCAUCAUCACCAGCGCGGGCAUGACCCUGGCUGACCUACGGCGCCUCCUCCUGGAGAGGAAGGGAAGGGUGCGGUCGGACCCGGAGGACCAGAACUCCGCAACUCACCUUCUGCGUCACGCCUUAGGGGAUGACGGCUAUGGGGGUGUGGCUACAUCUCGCCUUUCCAAGAUGCUCAGUCUGCCGCCCGAGGUGGCCAGGAGGUACCGUGAUGACAUCACCAUCACCGUCAUACACCUGAACGAACCCCACCUCUGACCUAUCAACAAAACCAAGGGUCCAUGUACAUACACACUGCUGCAUGUGUGUAUUUACUAGUGUGUAGCCCACAAUUAAAUAGCUUGAAAGCAUGUAACGCCCCACCCCCCAAAAAAAAGACUUGUUUAUGACUUGAAAAUAAAGUUUAAUCAAGGAUUUUAUUAGAAAACCAAGACAAAUGUUUGACGUCAAUGAUAGGGCCUCCUCGCAGCUCACAGAGCUCACUCAUUGGACAGCACGGGUCCACGCUCGAUGGAGGCCACGCCCUUGACAUUUUCAACACGACAGGAAGUAGCUUACUGAACAAUCCGAAAACGAGUUAUCAAAACAUGUUCAGCGCUAGCGGAAUCAUCGGCGCGGAGGCGGGACCACCAGUUGUGUGGCAGUAGCGGCGUCCGGGAACAGGUUGUGGUAGGCGGGAAGUGGCACGUAUGCCGCCUUUAUCAUCUUGCCUGCAACCACACAGAAGAGCUCAUUAACACAGACACAGCAAAACCGGAUGUGAAACUGAUAUUGGAGGAUCCGCUUAUUAUGGUCACAUGAAAUGUUAUAUUCAUAUUUCAAUCAUCACGCGCACCGCAAAAAUUUGAAUAACUCAUUAGAACCUUAUGUCACAACUAUUCACGUAGGGCUGUCGGCUUCCGCCGUUGCUUGGUUACUUAUCCACACAUACGGACUGAACAUGUAUGAUCAUAAGAUUAGUGACAUACAUUGUGCCGUUUUUAUUGUGCGUUUCUGUUAACAGAUGAGUGAAAUUGAGUUAGCAGACUUUUUGGGUGGCUGUCGUUUUUGUCCAUUGUAUUAGUCUACAGACCGGUGGAC